GCGUCCUUGCCUCUGGAGAGAACACAAACACAGAUUCAGAUAUUUGUUCUUUCGAAUAUAUGCACUCUUAGCUUUUUUUCUCACACACAGACACACAUAUAGUCUCAGAUUCAUGCAAGGUUUUUCUUGUCUUUAAUAUCUUCUCGAUCAUCCUCAAAGAUGAAAGCUUUUCUGGUGUUUUCACUUUUUGCCCUGCUAGCUUCCUCCUUCGCAACUGCUGCUAUAGUGGAACAUUCCUUCAUUGUGAGGGAUUUCAACGUGACUCGUCUGUGCAAUACACAAAUUAUAACUGCAGUUAAUGGAAUGGUUCCUGGACCCACAAUUGGCGUACGAGAGAAUGACACUCUGGUCGUUCACGUAUUCAACGGUUCUCCUCACAACAUCACUCUUCAUUGGCAUGGGGUUUUUCAAAUAAGCAGCCAAUGGGCAGAUGGUCCCGAAUAUAUAACACAGUGUCCUAUUCGACCAGGUCAAUGGUAUACUUAUAAGUUCACAAUCAUAGGACAAGAAGGUACUCUGUGGUGGCAUGCUCAUGCUGCUUUUCUUCGUACUUAUGCUUAUGGUGCUCUUAUCAUUCGACCUCGAAUUGGUUGCCUUUAUCCUUUUCCUAAACCUUACAAGGAAGUCCCCAUUCUGUUAGGCGAGUGGUGGAAAUCUGACAUUAACAGAAUUUUUGACGAAAUUCAAGUUACCGGUGACCUUGUUCCUAUUUCCGAUGCUUUCACCAUCAACGGCAUGCCUGGUGAUCUCUAUAAUUGCCCUCAAGAUCCUACUUUCAAGUUGAAGGUGAAGCAAGGGAAGACAUACUUGUUACGCAUAAUCAAUGCUAAUCUCAUCAAUCAAAUGUUCUUCAAGUUAGCCAAUCACAAGUUCACAGUUGUCGCGGUGGAUGCCGGAUACACGACUCCCUAUGUCACUGAUGUCGUCGUCAUCGCCCCCGGCCAAACCACCGACGUCCUCCUGACAGCUGACCAGCCGGUUGGUUCUUACUACAUGGCAUCUUCCGCGUACGUGACCACUGUAGUGAUAGCGUUCGACAAUACGACAACCAGAGGGCUUGUCGUUUACAAGGGGGCCUCCCGUGCAAGCCCUCCUCUGAUGCCGGCAUUACCCGCCUUCAACGACACCACCACAGCCCACAGGUUCUACACAAAUCUCACUGGGCUCGCCGGUGGGCCUCAAUGGGUCGAUUGUCCACUCCAAGUGGACGAACACAUGUUCAUAACUUUGGGGCUGAACUUAGACUUUUGCUCAAACAACGCCACGUGUGCGGGCCCACUAGGGUUUAGAUUCUCUUCGAGCAUGAACAACGAGUCGUUCGUGACUCCGAGCAACAAGGGAUUGUCCAUGUUGGAAGCAUUCUUCAGAAACAAGCCAGAAGAAGUGUACACAAGAGAUUUCCCUGACUUUCCUCCAGUAUUUUUUGACUUCGUCAGCCCAAACAUAAGCUUUGACCUGUCGAAGAUAUUCGCGCCGAAAUCAACAAAGGUGAAGACGUUAAAGUUCGAUUCGACGGUGGAGAUUGUGCUUCAAAACACAGCAUUUCUGGGGAUAGAGAACCACCCAAUGCACAUUCAUGGGUUCGAUUUCUACGUACUGGCUCAAGGUUUUGGGGUGUUCAAUGCGAUGAGAGAUAGCGGAAAGUUCAAUGUCGUGAAUCCUCAAAGGCGUAACACGAUCGCCGUGCCGACGGGAGGUUGGGCUGUGAUCAGAUUCAAAGCGAACAAUCCAGGUAUAUGGUUUAUGCACUGCCACAUAGAUGCUCACUUGCCGUGGGGGCUAGCGACAGCAUUUGAGGUGGAGAACGGACCCACGCCGGAAACCAGCGUGCCUCCUCCUCCGGCUGAUCUCCCGAUGUGCUAACUCGUCGUCGUCAUCUUCUGCUCUCAAAUUACCAGAAAGACGAGACGACGACCUGUCGCGAAGUUUAUAUCUUCUUUAAUUACAUUUGUUGUUCGAAUAAGUGAAGGGCAUUAUGGUGAUUGGCCAUAAAUUUAAAUUGUGAAUUUGUAAUUCAGCCCUUCGGUCUUUUCAUGAUAUUUCAGAUUGCAUUGAUCUGUUUAUGAAAAAAAAGUACUUUUGGGCUCA